AUGGGCAAGCAAAACAGCAAGCUGCGGCCAGAGAUGCUGCAGGACCUGCGGGAGAACACAGAGUUCUCCGAGCUGGAGCUGCAGGAGUGGUACAAGGGCUUCCUCAAGGACUGCCCCACGGGCAUCCUCAACGUGGACGAGUUCAAGAAGAUCUAUGCCAACUUCUUCCCCUACGGUGACGCCUCCAAGUUCGCGGAGCAUGUCUUCCGCACCUUCGACACCAACAGCGACGGCACCAUCGACUUCCGGGAGUUCAUCAUCGCGCUGAGCGUGACCUCGCGGGGCCGCCUGGAGCAGAAGCUCAUGUGGGCCUUCAGCAUGUAUGACUUGGAUGGCAACGGCUACAUCAGCCGCGAGGAGAUGCUGGAGAUCGUGCAGGCCAUUUACAAGAUGGUUUCGUCCGAUGAGAUGCCGGAGGACGAGUCGACCCCGGAAAAGAGGACCGAGAAAAUCUUCCGCCAAAUGGACACAAACAACGACGGCAAGCUGUCCCUGGAGGAGUUCAUCCGCGGGGCCAAAAGCGACCCGUCCAUCGUGCGUCUGCUGCAGUGCGACCCAGCAGCGCCUCCCAGUUCUGAGCGAGAGGAGCAGCCAUGA